AUCUCCUCUCACCUGUCCUCACAUUCUUCCGAAAUGGAAUCAAUCGGAGUCCUUAUGCCCAUACCAAUGAACGGGUACCUUGAGCAAGAGCUCGAUAAGCGCUUCAACUUGCUCAGACUCUGGAAGGCUCCUGAAAAAUCGGGGUUCAUCAGCACCCACAAGAAUUCCAUCCGCGCAGUUGUCGGAAACUCGAAGGCCGGUGCGGACGCCCAGCUGAUAGAGGCGCUUCCUAAGCUGGAAAUUGUCUCCAGCUUCAGUGUGGGGCUGGACAAGAUUGACUUGGCCAAAUGCAAGGAAAAGGGGAUUAGAGUCACCAACACGCCUGAUGUGUUGACGGAUGACGUUGCAGACUUGGCCAUUGGGCUGAUGCUGGCAGUGCUAAGGAAGCUGUGUGAGAGCGACCGGUAUGUGAGGGGUGGCAAGUGGAAGAAAGGGGACUUCCGGUUGACCAGUAAGUUCACAGGAAAGUCAGUUGGUAUCAUUGGACUGGGCAGGAUCGGUAUGGCAACUGCAAAGAGAGCUGAGGCUUUUAACUGCCCUAUUAGUUACUACUCAAGAACACAGAAAUCAGAAGUAAACUAUAAAUACUACCCUAGUGUUGUUGAGUUGGCAUCCAACUGUCAAAUCCUGGUAGUUGCUUGCGCACUGACAGAAGAAACCCGCCACAUUGUCAACCGAGAAGUUAUUGAUGCUUUGGGUCCAAAGGGUGUUCUCAUCAACGUUGGGAGGGGCCCUCAUGUUGAUGAACCUGAGCUUGUUUCGGCACUAGUAGAAGGUCGACUAGGUGCUGCUGGACUUGAUGUUUAUGAGCAUGAGCCUGAAGUACCUGAAAAACUCUUCAAGCUUGAAAAUGUGGUGCUCUUGCCUCACGUAGGAAGUGCCACAGUGGAAACUCGCCAAGCCAUGGCUGAUCUUGUGAUUGGGAACUUGGAGGCUCAGUUUCUGAACAAACCAUUGCUAACUCCUGUGGUUUAGCAGUUAGUUUGAUGGAAAAACAAUUUAUUGUAAGCUUAAUGCUGCUGCAUUCGUAUUUUAUCAUUGAAAAAAAGAAAUGAAAUUAGGUUUUUCUAUUCCUUUCUUAUGAUUAUAUAUAAAGUCUCUUGUUUUGC